AUGUGGUGGAGCGGUAUUUCUAUUAUUGUGGUUACUUUCGUUGCUGCAAUAGUUCUUAUGUCUACCAUUCUUGUAUUAAACAGAAAAACGAAUGCAAUUACAACAACAACAAAAAUAUUACGAACAGGAAUAUCAGAAAAAUAUUAUAAAUCAUCUUUUCGAAUGAUGACAUACAAUAUUCGAUUUGAUACAGAUCGAGAUGGAAUUAAUCAAUGGGCUUUUCGCAAAGAUCGUGUAGCUAAUCUUAUUCGUUAUCAUGCUGCUGAUCUUUUCGGUGUUCAAGAAGCUCUUCCUAAUCAAAUGUUUGAUUUAAAAAAUACAUUGCCUGGUUUCGAAUGGUAUGGCGCAGGUCGUGAUGAUGGUAAAGAUAAAGGUGAAUUCUCUGCUGUAUUUUAUCGUAGCGAACGUUUUGAAUUACUUGAUAAAAAUACAUUUUGGUUAUCAGAAACACCAGAACGUCCUGGAAUUAAAGGAUGGGAUGCAGACGUUACGCGAGUGUGUAGUUGGGUGAAACUUCGUGAUCGAUAUACUCAUCAAAUAUUAUAUCAUUUUAAUACACAUUUUGAUCAUAUCGGAGAGAUUGCCCGACGUGAAAGUGCUCAUUUAAUUGUCGAUCGUAUAUACAAUAUAACUAAAUUUCAAGCACCAGUAAUUCUAACUGGUGAUUUUAAUACGGGACCUGAUUCUGAUCCUUAUCGUGCUAUUAUUGCUAAUUCUUCUCUUGAAGAUGCAAAAGAUCUAACAGAAAUACCACAUUAUGGUCCAAAUAGUACAUGGUCUACAUUCUUUGUUGGACAAGAGCUAGGUGAUCGAAUUGAUUAUAUUUUUGUAACAUCUCACUAUUUGAGAGUAUUACAGCAUGCAGUUUUAACCGAUUCCGAUGCUCGAUAUUAUCCAUCGGAUCAUUUUCCUGUACUUGCAGAACUGAGCAUUAAAACUCAAACUCAUAUUAACUAA